UCCGGAAGUGACUUCAGAGCCCCUUAGAAACAUGGCCACAGAGCGUUGUUCCGGAAGCGGUCACCGGUAUCUGCGUGACGCGGACUGAGUUAGAGCGUCCUGUGGUGUUUCUAUGGUGCCGCCCGCAACCCCCAGACUCUCGGCUUCCUUUCCCGCCUGAGCGCCCGUCGCUGCGAGGACGCUGACGGGCCCCACUCGCGACUCCGUCAACCACCAGGAGGAGGGGUUGGCAAAGAGGUGACGCUCUGGGCGGUCCCGCCCGCGUCUCGAUGGUGCCCAGCGCCCCAGCGCAGCGGUCCGACUCGCCUGGGCGGACGCGGCCCCUUUAACCGCCUGAGGGCGGGGCUGAAGAGUUCCCGCGAGAGCGGUGGGAGGCGGGGGGCGGUGCCGAGGCGGGGGCCGUGGCGGAUGGAGCCCGCGAUGGAGCCGGAGACUCUGGAGGCGCGAAUCAACAGAGCCACAAACCCCCUGAACAAGGAGCUGAACUGGGCCAGCAUCAACGGUUUCUGCGAGCAGCUCAGCGAAGACUUUGAGGGGCCUCCUCUUGCCACCCGCUUGCUGGCCCACAAGAUCCAGUCUCCACAGGAGUGGGAGGCCAUCCAGGCCUUGACGGUUCUGGAAACAUGCAUGAAGAGCUGCGGCAAGAGGUUCCAUGAUGAGGUGGGCAAGUUCCGCUUCCUGAAUGAGCUCAUCAAGGUUGUAUCUCCCAAGUACUUGGGCUCCCGUACGUCAGAGAAGGUGAAGAAUAAGAUCUUGGAACUGCUGUACAGCUGGACGGUCGGCCUGCCUGAGGAGGUGAAGAUUGCAGAAGCCUACCAGAUGCUGAAGAAGCAGGGGAUUGUGAAGUCUGACCCCAAGCUUCCAGAGGAUGCUGUCUUUUCCCUCCCCCCUCCAAGGCCCAAGAAUGUGAUCUUUGAAGAUGAGGAAAAAUCUAAGAUGCUGGCCCGCCUGCUGAAGAGCUCCCACCCUGAGGACCUCCGGGCUGCCAACAAGCUCAUCAAGGAGAUGGUGCAGGAGGACCAGAAGCGGAUGGAGAAGAUCUCAAAGCGGGUGAAUGCCAUUGAGGAGGUCAACAACAAUGUGAAGCUGCUGACAGAGAUGGUGAUGAGCCACAGCCAGGGCGCUGCAUCCAGCAGCAGUGAGGACCUCAUGAAGGAACUCUACCAGCGCUGUGAGCGCAUGCGUCCCACACUCUUCCGAUUGGCCAGUGACACAGAAGACAAUGAUGAGGCCUUAGCUGAGAUCCUGCAGGCUAAUGACAAUCUCACCCAGGUGAUCAACCUGUACAAGCAGCUGGUCCGGGGUGAGGAGGUCAAUGGUGACGCCACAGCCAGCUCCAUAUCUGGGAGCACCUCAGCCCUGCUGGACCUCUCAGGCCUGGACCUCCCUCCCUCGGGCACCACAUACCCAGUCACGCCCACCCAUCCUGGCAACCAGAGCAGUCCAGAGCAGCCCAGUGCCUCGGUGUCCCUGCUUGAUGACGAGCUCAUGUCUCUAGGCCUAAGUGACCCCACACCGCCUUCAGGCCCCAGCUCAGAUGGUGUGGGGUGGAACAGCUUCCAGUCAUCAGACGGCACUGAACCCUCAGUCCCUCCUCCAGCCCAGGCCCCCAGCAUGGACAGCCGACCACCAGCACAGGCCCCCCCACCAACCAGCAGCGGCCUGGAUGACCUAGACCUCUUGGGGAAGACCCUCCUGCAGCAGGCGCUGCCCCCGGAGGCCCAGCAAGUGCGGUGGGAGAAGCAGCAGCCAGCUCCCCGCCUCACUCUCCGUGACCUGCAGAGUAAGAGCAGCUGCAGUUCGCCCAGUCCGGGAGCCACCAGCCUCCUCCACACCAUGCCCCCAGACCCCCCUGGGCCUCCGCUGCAGCCCACGCCCACUGAGCUCUCCUUAACCAACAUCACUGUGCCCCUGGAGUCCAUCAAACCCAGCAGCAUCUUGCCAGUGACUGUCUAUGACCAGCAUGGCUUCCGUGUCCUGUUCCACUUUGCUCGGGACCCGCUGCCGGGGCGUUCGGACGUGUUGGUGGUGGUGGUCUCCAUGCUGAGCACAGCUCCCCAGCCCAUCCGAAACAUUGUUUUCCAGUCAGCUGUCCCCAAGGUCAUGAAGGUGAGGUUGCAGCCACCUUCCGGCACAGAGCUGCCAGCAUUUAACCCCAUCGUCCACCCCUCAGCCAUCACCCAGGUCCUGCUCCUUGCUAACCCCCAGAAGGAGAAGGUUCGCCUCCGCUACAAGCUCAUCUUCACCAUGGGCGACCAGACCUACAAUGAGAUGGGAGAUGUGGAUCAGUUUCCCCCACCAGAAACCUGGGGGAACCUCUAGGACAGGGGGGCUGGAGAGGAGGGGCAUCAGGACCUGUACCUGUUCGGCCUGGUGUUUCUCUCCUCCCUGUGGCCCCCAGUGACUCUUCCCUCUCCCUCUGCCUGUUCUCCUGCUGAGCCAAACCCAGCAGGAGGCUGGGCCUGAGUUUGCCAUAGCGGCUGAGACCCCCAUCACCAGUGGGAGCCUGGAAUAGGGAGGGCUGUCUGCCCUGGAAGGACUGUCGGGGUGAGGGAAGACGCAUGGCUGUUAGGCCCGGCCCUGACUCCAGCCUGAGGUGGGGUCUUCCCUGCCUGUCUUUUAUGCCUUAUGGAAAGGCCCAGCCAUAAUUCGGAGGCCAUGCUGGAUCUGGGACCAGCCCAGGCCUCCUCCGUGGGAACCCAGUGACUGGGGUGAUGCCCAUGCCCUAGCUGUUUGCACUCGGUGUGUGGUUUGGCUCUUUUUCUUUUGGAAUGGCCCGUGGUUACAGACCUGAAGGAGCGCCAGUCCCUCCAGAGGCCUCCCUAUGCUCUCAGGCCUCCUACAGGCCAGGGAACUUGAAAGCAAAGCCAGAGGACAUGCCCCCUAGAGGGCCAUGGAACUCCCAGAGUUCCAUGCUUCACUUAUCAGCUUCUGCUGGGGCCUCCUGUGAGCACCUCAUAUCUGCCCACCCAUCUGUGGUCAAAAGUAAGGAUCAGUGUGGGUGACAGUAGGAGUAUUUAUAAAAAUAAAAUGACCUUUUCCUGGA